CCAAGUCCAAGCCCAAAUCAAAUGCUGUCGGGUCGAUAAUCGAACCCGAAUCAGACCCUCUUUCAAUAUUUCUUCAGUCCCAGCUCCGCUCGAGAUCGUAGCCAGAAGCUAAUUCCUCGGGUCAAAGAGAUCAAGCAAAAAUAAUUUUCCUUCAACUUUAUGCCAAACAGGGUGGGAAUUUUGGUUGCCUACGCACAACUUGUUGAGUCUUCCUUGAAUGUAUUUUACAGGCAGUAAAAGGCACAAACAUCAGAAUGGAAUUAGCAGACAGGGCAGUUGGGUUUCUAUUAUCUUUCAUCAGCAUAUCCAUAUUCACGUAUUAUACUUUUUGGGUCAUCAUUCUGCCAUUUGUAGACAGUGAUCACUUCAUCCACCAAUAUUUCCUCCCGCAAGAGUUCGCCAUACUAAUACCUGUAUUUGCCGGUGUGGUUCUUCUUUGUUUCUUAUGCGUAUUUGUUGGAUUUGUGAUGCUAAAAUCCAAAAAGAAGAAGGCUUGAUGGAAUCAGUUUGGUCAUUUAUUUUUUUAUUUCUUUAAAAAAAAAGAAAGACCCAUAGAGCUUAUACUUUUCUUACUCCCCCAUCCCUCCUUUUUUCCAAUAGAUUUUGUGAUGAUAUGGACGAGAAUUUUAAUUUAGAUUUGUUGCAGCUUUCAGAUUUUGCAUAUCUCUAAUUCUAUCGUUUCUUAUAAUAUUGGAAGCUCACAUUUUAUAUAUUA